AUGUAUCAGUAUGGCGAUGGUUCCUUCACCAGCGGCGACCUGGCUUACGAGACAUUGUCAAUUGGGAGCAGCAAGGUUAAAGGCAUUGCAUUUGGAUGCGGGCAUGACAACGAAGGACAAGGAUUCUCUCAGGGUGGUGGCCUUGUGGGACUGGGAAGAGGUGGUCUCUCCCUUAUCUCACAGCUGGGUUCCAAAGCAGAGAACAUGUUCUCUUACUGUCUUUUGCCCAUCACCGACUCUUCUUCACAAACCAGCCCCCUCUUUUUCGGCGAGGGAAUCACCCUCAAUGGUAAGGCACUAGAUAUUCCUCCUGGAACUUUCGAUCUGCAAUCGGACGGCAGCGGAGGUAUGAUCAUCGACUCCGGAACCACUGUUACCAUUCUGGACCAGGUUGCCUACUCUCCUCUUAAGGAAGCAAUUCAGUCCGCCAUUGAUCUCACUCCUGUAGACGGGUCUUCUACAGGUUUGGAUCUUUGUUACCACACAUCAUCCGCUCACCUCACCUUGCCAACCCUCGUCUUCAACUUCAAAGGCGGCGUGUAUUACGAGCUUCCGGCAGACAACUUUUUCAUUCAGGCAUCUGAAAAUCUCUUGUGCCUGGCAAUGUUGGGUGAACCAUCGGGGAAUCCUUCCAUCUUCGGAAACAUACAGCAGCAAAACUUCCAUAUCCUUUACAACAAUGCUCAGAACACGCUCUCUUUCAAGCCCACUAAGUGUGAUUCUCUUUAA